UGGCUGUUCUGCUGUUCCUGGCCCUGGUGCUACAGCGGACCUUCCUACAGGCCUCCUACUAUGUCACCAUAGAGACCGGCAUCAACCUCCGUGGAGCCCUGCUGGCAAUGAUCUACAACAAGAUCCUGCGUCUGUCAACCUCUAACAUGUCCAUGGGAGAGAUGACCCUGGGCCAGAUCAACAACCUGGUUGCCAUAGAAACCAACCAGCUCAUGUGGUUCCUCUUCCUGUGUCCCAACCUCUGGGCCAUGCCAGUGCAGAUUGUGAUGGGCGUGAUCUUGCUGUACUACCUGCUGGGGACCAGUGCUCUGAUUGGAGCUUCAGUCAUCGUGCUGCUGGCUCCAGUCCAAUACCUGAUUGCUACCAAGCUGGCUGACACCCAGAAGAGCACCCUGGACCAGUCUACGGAACGUCUGAAGAAGACCACAGAGAUUCUGAAGGGGAUCAAGCUGCUGAAGCUGUACGCCUGGGAGAACAUCUUCUGUGACAGUGUAGAAGAUACCAGGGGCAAAGAGCUCACCAGCCUCCGCACCUUCGCCCUCUACACCUCCAUGUCUAUUUUCAUGAAUGCUGCUAUCCCCAUCGCUGCUGUGCUUGUGACGUUUGUCAGCCACGCCCUGAUCAACAAGUCCAAACCCAGCUCCUCGGAGGCCUUCGCUGCUCUGGCCCUCUUCCACAUCCUGGUUACCCCACUGUUCCUGCUCUCCACCGUGGUCCGCUUCGCAGUCAAGGCCAUGGUCAGCGUCCAGAAGCUGGGUGAGUUCCUGCAGAGCGAUGAGAUUGGCGAUGACAGCUGGAGGAACGGAGACAUGUCUGUGUCCCUAGAGGCCUGUAAGAAACACCCUGGGGCGACCAAGGCUAUAAACAGGAAGCAGCCCCUGCUCUACCAGAUGGACAGCUAUGAGCAGCCAGCACGCAGACCACUGCGACCCAACGAGACUGAGGACGUGGCUGUCAAGGUGAACGGUGGAUUCUUCACAUGGGGAAGCAACUUGUCAACGUUGUCCGACAUCAACAUCUGCGUUCCAACAGGUCAGCUGACCAUGAUCGUGGGCCAGGUGGGUUGUGGGAAGUCGUCCCUGUUGCUGGCCAUGCUGGGAGAGAUGCAGACCCUCAGUGGAAAGGUCUACUGGAGCAAACUGCCUGUGAGUGAGAUGCUGCACGAGGCCAACAGUUGUUUUGAGACGGACGGGUCUUUUGAAGAAACCAGGAGUAAGAACAGGUACUCUGUGGGCUACGCUACCCAGAAGUCUUGGCUGCUGAAUGCCACCGUGGAGGAUAACAUCACGUUUGGCAGUCCCUUCAACAAACAGAGAUACAAGACUGUGAUUGACGCCUGCUCCCUGCAGCCUGAUGUAGACCUCCUGCCCUUCGGAGACCAGACGGAGAUCGGAGAGAGGGGGAUCAACCUGAGUGGAGGCCAGAGACAGAGGAUAUGUGUGGCUCGGGCUCUCUACCAGAACACCAACAUCGUCUUCCUGGAUGACCCGUUCUCAGCGCUGGACAUCCACCUGAGUGACCACCUGAUGCAGGAGGGCAUCCUGAAGUUCCUACAGGAUGAUAAACGCACCGUGGUCCUGGUCACACACAAACUGCAGUACCUCAUCCACGCUGACUGGAUCAUAGCCAUGAAGGAUGGCUCAGUGCUGAGGGAAGGCACUCUGAAGGACAUUCAGACUCAUGAUGUAGAACUGUAUGAACACUGGAAGACCCUGAUGAACAGACAGGACCAGGAACUAGAGAAGGACACUGAGAUUGAUAACUGUCAGACUGCUCUGGAGAGGAAGACCCUGAGAAGAGCUUUCUACUCCAGAGAGGCCAAGAACCAGGUCGACGAUGACGAAGAAGAGGAGGAAGAGGAGGAGGAAGAGGACGACAACAUGUCGACGACCACCAGUCGGCGCUCUAAGAUCCCGUGGAGGGUGUGCUGGCAGUACCUGUCCUCUGGUGGCUUCCUCAUGGUCUUCCUCAUGGUCUUCUCCAAGCUGCUGAAACACUCCGUCAUGGUCGCCAUCGACUACUGGCUGGCCGAAUGGACUGCUAAAGGCAAUGUCCCAGUCAAUGGGACUGCUAAUGACGAUGCUCAUGGAUAUGCCCCAGACUUUGGAAAUGUUACAGGAGACUUUGUCAAUGCCUCUGCAGCAGGUGUCUUCUCCAAUCGGACAAACUCAGUGGCUGGUCUGCCUGACUCCUACUAUGUGCCAGUGUUUAUCAUCCUGUGUGGAGCGGGGAUAGCCCUGUGUCUGAUCACCUCUCUGACUGUGGAGUUCCUGGGUCUGUCUGCUGCUACCAACCUGCACCACAACCUGCUCAACAAGAUCAUCCACGCACCUAUCAGAUUCUUUGACGUGACCCCCUUGGGCCAGAUCCUGAACCGUUUCUCGGCUGACACCAACAUAAUAGAUCAGCACAUCCCUCCUACCCUGGAGUCUUUGACCCGCUCCACUCUGCUUUGCCUGUCAGCCAUCGGGGUCAUAGCGUUCGUCACCCCAAGCUUCCUCAUCGCUCUGGUUCCUCUGGCUGUGUCCUUCUACUUUAUACAGAAGUACUUCCGGGUCGCCUCAAAGGACCUUCAGGACUUAGAUGACUCCACCCAGCUUCCUCUGCUCUGCCACUUCUCUGAGACUGCAGAGGGACUCACCACCAUCCGAGCAUUCAGACAUGAAUCUCGAUUCAAGCAGAAGAUGCUGGAGCUGACAGAUACCAACAACACAGCCUACCUGUUCCUCUCUGCUGCCAACCGCUGGUUGGAGGUCAGAACGGACUACCUGGGUGCUGUCAUUGUGUUAACAGCAGCAGUAGCCUCAAUAUGGAGCUCUGGCAAGAACCUUCCCUCUAGCAUGGUGGGGUUAGGCCUGACCUACGCGCUUACAGUGACCAACUACCUGAACUGGGUGGUGAGGAACCUGGCUGACUUAGAGGUCCAGGUGGCUGCUGUCAAGAAGGUCAACAGCUUCCUGAGUACAGAGUCUGAGAACUACGAAGGCUCCAUGG